CUCUAACUCAAAUCACUCACCGCUCGUGACUCCGAAGGCAUGUAGUCUGACUGUCUUAAGCUGCUGUGAUCCGUGAAACGGUUGGAGCGUGUGGAAACAAACUGCUAUACUGCUGCAGUUUGUUAACAAGGAGAGCUUUUAAUUUUACGGCUGUUUCGUUAGGCUCAAUACUGCCUUCUUCUAUUAGAGAGCAUUUUCUCCGAGUUAACCGGACCGAGACCUAACUUACUCUGAUGUAUUCAACGUGAGCCUCUCUAUUAUGUGUAUAUGACGGUUAAUUUAACAGUAUUUUACACUCGUAUCGAAUGAGCUAGCCAUUCACACCGGUAAUAAAAUGUCUGAGAAGAUUUCAGAGAAGAUUUCAGAGAAGCGAUACUCCAGCAUGGACGAGUCCUCACUCCGCAAUCUGCUUGAUAAAACUAUCGACAUAGAUGAGCGGCGUCUGAUCCGUACAGCGAUCCGGGAACUGCGUCGCUGUGAGAUUGAAGAAAUGGAGGCUGCGCUAACCAGCAAGCGCUUCAGACAUGCCCACCAGAGCAGACAUGAGAAUAAAGAAAACCAGUGCCGUCCUGAUUUGACCGCUUCAUUAGACAUGUUGUCGGGGAAGAUUCAGGCUAUAAAUGACAUCGAAGAACUUACUGGACUGUUACAAAGCGCCAGUGAAUAUGAAGAGAGAAAACUCAUUCGGGCAGCCAUUCGCCGGCUCAGAGAUGAGGAGAUACAAGGAGCAUUAGAGAAGGUUCAGACCGCUGGCCACAGAACAGAGCGACGACCAAAUCCUCAAAGCAGCUUUGACCUACAGGACGGUCAAGAGAAAAUCAAGGCAGAAGCACUCAUCAGCCAAUCAGAGAGAAUUGAGAACCACAGAGAAGCCUCGAAUCCUGACAUGGUUUUAGUACUAGAUCCUUUGGUCAGAGAGAAAGUCUCUUGCCCUCUGACCCAGCGGAUCCAAUGCGAUCAUGGCUCACCAUCCUCUGAAGUCAUUCCUUCAUACCGAGAGCGUUCAGACUCCGGAGAAUCGAAUGAUAGCAGCUAUCAUCAGAGAAAGAGGCUGAACUCCAGUGCCUCAGACCGUAGUCACGACUCGCUGUCCACUGCUGAACCUCCUCUGAGGGACCAAAGCUCACGGUCAGGACCAGCUGGAGAGGAAGUCAGGGCAGCUAUGAAUUCAGAGGCUCUGCAGAUGGAUCGAGAAAAUGGCGAGGAGACGACUCCCUUUCAAGCAUGCACAGUGAAUGAGACCAGUACAAGAGCUGAAGACAUCUCAGGACAGAAGAUCACAUCAGGUAGAGGUGCUCUGUUGACUUCUCUUGCUAAUGGCAAGGAUACAGAUUUUAUAAACAAAGCCUCAUUCUCCGUGCCCAUCAUUCGUGCAAACUCUGUUCGUGACAGGAUGCGUAAGUUCACCGAACCUGUUACGAGUGCUCCUAAAAUCAGCCACAGUUCUUCUCAUUCUACAAACACAGUGUCUGCUGAGAGGUCCUGGGACACCUCAUCCUGUUCUUCCUCCAUCCCAAAGAAAGAGAGGAAUGUCACUGAGAAUGUGUUGGCCCAGCCCAGGCUUUUCUCCAGCCAAUCACAUGCAUCAGUGGGCGGCUCACAUGGCCGCACUAAAAAUGUCAGGCGUGCAUGUAACGAUUCAGAAGAAGUGCAGACUCCUGAGGGAGAAACAUCUUCAGGGACCCACGACACCCGGGGUGAACCCGAGUCCAACAUGAAGACCUUCCUCAGCAUUGAGAUCAAAGAUGGACGAAACCCAGCUUCACAUUCUUCGUUGUCAUCCUCUACAGCCGUAAACAUGAGCCCUCGAAUCAUCACAUCUGCUGCUCCACAGAGAACAGAACUGACGCUUGGUUUAAGAGCAGUGCCAUUCAAAGUGACCAGCCCAAGUCUCUCAUCAGGAUCCUCUGUUAAGAUGGAGACGGGUGAAUCUGUGAGCGAGGCGUCCAGUGAUGUCCCUGUGCUUCCUAACGGCUCAUCCAUGACCUCCAUCAAAAGUGAGGUGCAAAGUGAUAAACUGACCUCAGAGAAGCUGCAGGAGAUUGAGGACGAGGAGAUCCUGGACAAAAUGCUUGAUGAUUGCAAAGAUUUUGAAGAAAGGAAAAUGAUCAGGACUGCAAUGAGAGAACUGCGAAAGAAAAAGCGAGAGCCUAGGCUGGGAUGCACACAGGAGGAAAUGGACCAGAGAGACAGGGAACGAGAUCUGCGUCUGCAGGAGCUCAGACAGCAGCGGGAGGGGAGAUCUCAGAAAGCCCGGGGGGGUGCAGACACCAGUGAAGUCGUGAUGAAGAAGAUCGAGUGCUCUGCAGACGGCUCCACUAUCAGUCACGUCACCAAUCGUGUUUCCCAUUCAGAUGAUAAUGGCAGAACGUCCCGCAGCACUAUCAUGGAAUCCAGCUAUGUUCAAAAGUCAGACAAAGGAACAGUGCAAACAAAAUCCUACAGUUACUCCAGCACCACGUCCACUAGGAAGGUUGGCAGUGUUUUUGACCGUGAGGACAACACAUCUCGUAGCUCCAGCAGAACAUCAGCUCUUGAGCGCAGACAGGCGGAGAGAUCAGAGCUGAUGAGGGCUCAGACGUUACCCAAAACAUCUGCAGCACAGGCACGAAAAGCCAUGAUUGAGAAGCUCGGGAACACUGGAGGCUCUGGAGGCAACUCAGCCAUUACUCAAGUAAACAAGGUGCAGCGCUCCACAAGUUUUGGUGUCCCCAAUGCGAACUCCAUCAAACAGAUGCUGCUGGACUGGUGCAGAUCCAAGACCCGUUCCUAUGAGAAUGUGGAUAUCCAGAACUUCUCCUCCAGCUGGAGUGAUGGCAUGGCGUUCUGUGCUCUGGUGCAUAACUUCUUUCCAGAGGCCUUCGAUUACUCCAGCCUCAGUCCUGCAAACCGCAGGCAGAACUUUGAGGUGGCCUUCAGCACAGCAGAGGCCUAUGCUGACUGCAUGCCCCUGCUGGAGGUGGAGGACAUGAUGAUCAUGGGUAAGAAACCAGACUCCAAGUGUGUGUUCACGUAUGUUCAGUCACUGGUGAACCAUCUGCGCAAGCAUGAGAUGAUGAUGGCACGGGCGCAGCAGACCUCGAAAUUCUGAUGCUCAACACGCUCUUACGAUUCGUGUUUUAAACCCUUUUUUUUCUGAUCCUGUUACAUUUUUAUGGAUGUUACUUAUACUAGUUUGUUUAAACACACAGUAGUUGGCCAAAAAAAAAUGAAAAUUGCAUGUUAUAUUUAUUGUAACUCCCAAGAUGCGUCUUACUUGAUUUCAUGUGCUAAAAACGAAACAUGAUUUUAGAUUGAUUGCCCAUAUGUAUGGUUUUAAAAGCUUUUACGGUACUGUUGCUGUUAAUGGAGCUCAGGCCUGCAUGCUUUCACAAGCUUACUUGAAGUUUUAGUUCGGUUUCAAAAAGAAAUGAAGGUUCUAUGUUCAUUUAUAUGCAAUAUUGUUUAUUUAAAAAUGUUGCAAGAAUAUUAUUCUCACUGCUUAUGGUUUCAGCCGCUGAGUGCAAGAUACAGCUCAUGUUUUUAAAUGUUUUUCACUUAAUUGAAAGUCUGGUUUUACACUGAACACAGAGCAUUCGGUUAGUUUCUCUGCA